AUAUAAGACAUUGUAUUUGCUCCUUUCUUGUAGACCACAUUUAUCCUACAGGAUACAAGACAGAAGCUUGAAAAUAUGAAUUAUUUCCUUAGAAUUUGCGUGCUUUGUAUUUUGAGUCGAAUUUCCAUUGCUCUCUCAUUCUUGUCGGAUCAAGAUAAUGGAAAUUGGUCUCGAGAUUUUGUGUCCGAUAAUGAACCUAAAAAUACAGAUAUUUUUCGCCAGCUUCUUAACCAAGAAACCAUUAUCCGAAUGAAUUUAGCGAAUAAUGUCCAGUCACUGAAGAAAGAUAUGGCGACAUUUAGAGAGUCUAUAGGAACAGCAAUGGGAAACGUUAAAGACAAAGUUUUGAAAUUGGAAGCGACGAUAGAGCGUCUCAAAACAGAAAACGAACGGCUUGAGGUUGAAUUACAGGACACAAAGGCAAAAGAAGGAAAUUUAUCUUCAUUAGUCGCCAUUAUUCAGGCAUCAUUGUCGAAUGUUUCAAGUCUUGUACUUGGUAUGACAAAGAGGGUAGGCUUCUCCGCCUCAGUGUCUUCCAGCAGUCCAUCAUGGAACAGCGGAACCCUGGUUUUUCUCUCUGUAGUCACAAAUGAAGGGAAUGGAUACAACUCACACACAGGGAUAUUUACCGCUCCUACCGCUGGGAUGUACGUUUUCUUUGUGAAUGUUCAGAGUUUUGAUAGUUAUAAUAUUUACACCUACAUUGUGUUAAAUGGAUCACAGAAAGUUAGAACUAUGGCCGCUAGUGGAGGACAUGAUUAUAAUGAAGCAGGUGUAAAUUUGGUGGUACUAACUCUUCUGAAGGGAGAUACUGUGUGGGUGAAACAUUCCUCUGGUCACGGUUUUUACAGCAGUGGCCCUAUCACCACCUUUUCUGGUUUCUUGUUAUAGCUGGAAUUAAAGCGGCAGAGCCUCUCA